AUGUCAGCCUCUAACGCAUCGUGUAUCUUCUGCAAAAUUAUCAAAGGAGAAAUUCCAUCUUUCAAGUUAAUUGAAACCAAAUUCACCUACUCCUUCUUGGACAUUCAACCAACUGCCGAAGCACACUGUUUGAUUAUUCCUAAGUACCAUGGAGCCAAAUUGCACAAUAUUCCGGACGAAUACUUGGCAGACAUAUUGCCAGUUACUAAAAAGUUAGCUAAGUUGCUCAAGUUGGAUGAAAACAAUACACCAGAUGGCGAAGGGUACAAUGUUUUACAGAACAACGGUCGUAUUGCGCAUCAGAUAGUGGAUCAUGUUCACUUCCAUCUUAUUCCUAAAAGGGAUGAGGCAACUGGGUUAGGAGUUGGAUGGCCAGCAGCUGAAACUGAUUUCCCUAAGUUGGAAGAAUUGCACAAAAAAUUACAAGCACAAUUAAAUGAUGAAAAAUUAUGA